AGUUCUAAACUAUUUUCACAACUACAAUUAAAUACAUUUAUUGAGCAAUGAGACGGGUUGUGCUCCUCUGUAUUAGUGUUUACUUUGUCCACGGCACACUAGAGCCCCUUACUAAAGAGGAAAAGAAGAAAGGCAAGGAGAAGAAGGAGCAAAGACCGAUCCUAAAAACAGUCGGUGAACGAGGUCUCAUCAACACGGAGCCCACUUCUUGGGCUGAAGUAACAAAGAAUUAUAAGAAGUACAGUAGAAACCAUGUUGACAAGAAGAUGUUUAAAGGUGACUUGUUGGGUUUUGUCACACCUUGGAAUAACCAUGGUUACGACGUUGCUAAGACGUUUGGUGCUAAGUUCAACUACAUUUCCCCAGUGUGGCUGCAAAUAGUUCCCACAACUCAAGGAACCUUCAAGAUAAAAGGAGGGCAUGAUAUAGAUGCAGGGUGGGUUAGAGAUGUCCGGGCUAACAAUACAAAUGUUAAGAUAGCUCCGAGACUCAUAUUCGGGGAGUGGUCCAUGGCACAUCUCACUCAGGUAACAUCGUCAGAAGGUGAGCUUAUGCACUUGGUACAAGUUGUGGUGGAGUUCUUCAAGGGAGAAAAGUUUGACGGGGUUGUUCUGGAAAUCUGGAGACAGUUUCAAGGAAGGGAAAAGCCAAGGCUGCACCAGAUAAUAAAAGCGAUAAGCGAGGGAAUGUCUGAGGGACAAAUGACAACCCAGCUGGUCAUACCACCCGGAGUGAGACCCUUCCCUGAGAUAUUCGACAAGUACGACUUUCAGAUCCUGCAACCGUACAUCGAGAAGUUUGUGAUGAUGACGUAUGAUCAUCAUCACGGUACUGGAAAAGCAGGUCCGGUGGGUCCUAUGGACUGGGGUCUGCGGAAUAUACUGCUGAUCAUGGAACACGAAAAUAACGAUAACUACCGACACAAGCUCCUCUAUGGAGUCAACUUCUACGGGGCUGACUUUAGAGGAGACGGGCACUUUGAUGCUAUUGUAGGAAGCCAGUAUAUUGACCUACUCAAAUCCGCGAAGCCCUCACAGUUCUCCUGGCACCUAAAGGCAUCUGAACUAAGUUUUGAGUACAGGGAUAACAAACAGAUACACAAAGUAUUCUACCCUUCUUUACGGUUUAUCCAGAAAAGAGUGGAAGCAGCUGAAAGAUUCAAGAUUGGUAUCGCUAUAUGGGAGAUAGGUCAGGGUUUAGACUAUUUCUUUGAUUUAUUAUAAACUGUGUGGUAAGUCUUAAAAUUAAGUUAAUUUUAAUUUACUCGUGUUUUAACUGCUAAACCUAAGUGACAUAUGUCUCAUCUUGAUGUGAAAUGUUGUUAUAAAGUUGAAUUUUGUGUUACUGGUUUUUGGUCUAGAAGUAUAGAUGAGAUUGAUGAUUUUAUUUUGUUGUAUAAUGUUUGAAGUUUUAAUGCACCGUUAUUGUAUAUUUAUUCAGAAUUUUGGUUUAUUUUAUGUUUUGCAUGAAUUAUGAGUUUUGCACGAACUAAAUUGCAUGAUAUUGAAGUUUUUGAGGCACCUACGAUUGUA